CACUCCCUGAGAACAAUAAGCGCGCAAUGAGUUGGACGAGGACGAAUGCCUUCGGAUUUGACGGUUCAACUUGGGAAGAGCAAGUAGCGAUGCCGAGAGCGCAGCUCGCGUCGUCAGUCUGCUUGGUAUCGGAAAGUGACGAGGGUGUCGCUCUGGAUGAGCGUCCUCUAGCGACGUUCGCACAAUCUGCUGACUUGUCACCAGCCUGGAGAAGGCGUGUAGAGUGUCGAAAGAGGAAGGGACUAGAUGGCGAUGAGUUUGACACGCCACUCAGCAAGCAACUAAUAACAGAAGAUGCUGUAGCAGCACAACUAGGAAGCCUCUACCUUGACGGGCAGAACAGUUCUUGUAUGGCUCAUGGUAACGAGAUGUGGGAUAAUGAAGAUAGCCCAAUGAAUAAUGUCGUCAUCAUUGAGGAUCGCCAUGAAGACUCUGGUAGUGAAUCUGAUUAUGGUUCAUCGGAUGAAGCUCCAGCUGUUGAACUAAGCAAGGAGCUCAAGGAGCACAUGAUCUCGUGUACGAAAUUAGCUAUUCUACCUGAGAAACUAGUGGAGCAAAUAAGCAGACCUUGUAUGGAACUCGUAGUAUGGAGACCUCCAGCAGAUUUUGUUCAACACAUGUAUAGUACCGUGACCGAUGAACAAGACAUGAACAGACAGGAAACGAAUAAUUCAUCAGAGACUAGAAAAAUGUGCAGUGACUUUAUUGACAUUGAUGCUGGGGAGACGCUAUGGGAAUCUGACGAGAUGGAGAUAUAGUAACUGUUAUAAUAUUAUUAAUGUCUACGCAAAGUCAAGCGUUACAGUUUAAUUACAUUUCAAUUUUCUUGAUCAUCA